UUUAGAAGGGGCUUUGAUGACAUUGACGCCGCUUCCUCUGUCUUUAAAAGUCAGACCGACAGAGAGGCAGCAGUAACCAGGGCUUAAGUGAUGGAGAUGUUACUGCACUGGUGUCUGCUGUCGAUCGGUUUCUCUCUCAGCACAUCAACCACAGCAACAGAAGCCAUUCUCUGGGUGAAGACAGGGGAGAAGUUUACCAUGAAGUGCUCCAUCACUCUAAAAGACCAGGAUGGAAUGUACCUGUGUGUUGGGCUGGACAGGGAGGUGCUGUAUUACCACCGGCGUGACUCCAAGCUGACCUCCAGGAAAGGCUACUGGAACAGAGUGAAGACUGAGGGACCUGUGGACCAACUGACCAUCACCGUCAGUAACCUGACCAUAGAGGACACAGGAGUCUACUGGUGUGCUUACAGAAAUGUCAACAAAUCCACGUUAAAAAAACGUAUCAUCCAAGGCAAAGGCUCCACUCUGGUGGUGGUGAAUGGUAGGUGUGUGUUUACACUCUAG